AUGUUUUCACCACGAAAUACGGAAGCCCCUAAUCCCUUCCGCCCCGCUGUACAAUACCUGCUUUCUGCCGCCAAAAAAGCACACGGACAAGGCACAACACCAGACGGCCAUCGGAAAAGCAGUUCGUCGGGAAGCAUUGAUGCAGACGAGCGCCCACGAUCCAGAAUGUCCUCCUACCAACCCAAAUCCUCCUCAGAGUUGCGGUCCACAUCGAUACCCUUGAUCAGUAUUUCUCGGUCGCCCUCCCCAUAUCAAAGAAGACAAUCGGAUUCAAAUCCAACGUCAGAAACUGAUGAUGACGACUGGGGAGAGGGCGCGACCUCGAGGCAAUUACUGCCUGCGGAUGGGUACAAGUUGACGGGCUGGAAAGUCCUGAUAUACGGAGGAGGCUUAGGACAGUGGCUUUUCACGACGUCUCUCGGAUGGGCGUUCUAUAUUGGCGUACUGGUCAUCUGGCUGGGAGGAUGUCAAAUCGGCCUGAUCGUCAUGAACCGAAUCAUCCUGUGGAGUGGGUACCUCCAGGAAAACUAUACGUCCCACACGAAGCUGAUGGUUUUAAUAGCGGGAGUCUACAAAUUUCCUUAUCCUCUCACGACGACUCUAUUUGAGAUGCUCAAUACACACUUCUGGAUCAUCCUAUCGGCAUACAUUACACGAUGGGUGAGUCCAUGGCUGGUGAGCGCUGGGGUGUCGUCAAUGAUUGCACCCUCGAAGCAACUCCAAUCGCAAUCUUCCCAGGGCUUUCGUGGUCUGCAGAAAAAUGGCGAUGGUCUUGUGGCCUCUGUUGUACGCUGGACAUCAAGCUUCUCUGGCGGUAUUUCUGGCGGGGGGCUGUUUGAGUUUGAAUGGGCCGUAGCGAAGCAAGUUCUGCCAUUGGCCAUUAUCUUUGUCAUAAAGGUCGCUCUGAGUAACCUAUCAUUCGCCUACGCGCAACUCCAGAUUUAUACUCUGGCACGUAUUGGCAUAGUACCAUUUUCUCUCAUUUUCACGUCGGUCCUUAAUGGAACCUCUCACAGUGUAACAACACUCUCUUCCUCCCUUACGGCCACACUUACCCUUCUUGUUGCCCUCUGUCGUGCCAAUGUGCGGGUCACUUGGGAGAGUAUUGUGGCAGGUGUCUUUUCCUCCAUGUUCGUCGCACUAUAUCCGGUGCAAAUUCUACGAACAUACAAGUCUCUCGUAGCUUCCCUGGUUCCUCAAGGAGAGCUUAUUGGUACAUUUCCAUCUUCAAACGCCCCUGCCGAUUACUCGGGAUCUCGUGAGGAAGCACGAGCUUAUUGGAGAUUACUGCAUUACACGUCAGGACUUUCUAUUGUCAUCUUUGUCCCAAUCGUCUUUCUCUCGGGUGAAGUCACGAACAUUUCGCGGAAUUGUUACUUUCUGGAUGUCUUUUUCCAUUGGUUGAUGGUUCUAUGCGGUGGACUAGGUAGUUGGGCCGUGUUUUUCAGCACAAUUGCUUUGACCAGAGCUACGAGUCCACUUACGACAACAUUUCUCUUCAUACCAAGAGCAGCUUUCUUGCUACCAAUCAUGGCAGGGUUCAAGAUGCCAAACUUUGCGUGGAUUGGGGUUGGUAUGUGUUGGGCGAGUUGUGCCUGGUUUUUGAGGGGCCGCAGAAGAGAAGGAAGACCAAUGGAGAGGUUAAGAUAA